AUAAACUUUCUAAAUAUUUCAAGUAUAUUUAGUUUUAACACUCCAUGACGACAGCAUAAUGUAUUAUCCUCAUAAUUUAUUAUUACUUUAUUAUUAUUUAUUUAACAGCCGACAAUUUUAUUUUUCCCUAAUGAUAAAAUUCUUAUAAAAAAAAAAAUAAUUGUAAUAAUUUAAAAAAAUAAUUAAACAUCAUUAAUAGCCAAUAAUUAUUUUACAUCCAAGAUCAACAUUCAGAAUACCUUGCAAUGACCAACAAGUAUUUUUCAAGUUCAAUGUCAAAUAAAUGUAACAGUUAAUUACAACAAAAUAACAUGCAAAAAUAUUAUUAAAUAAAAAUAAAUCUAAAGUUAAAAAAAACUGAAUAAAUCAUUGUUAUUUUGUUAUUUAUAUUAAUAAACAAUAACAUGAGUCAUUGUGAUAUUUUAAAAACAUUCACAGUCUAUCACGUGAUAGAAUAAUUAUUGGAAGUUUUUAAUUCGACACCAGUUUUCCUUGAAACUACAAAAGUGGUCCAUAAGAGUUUAUAAAUACAGCCACAAGUUCAUUAUUAUAUCUUCAACUUGAAAUUAAGCUAAUAAAAAAUUCUUUUGUUUAAAAAUAAAAAAAUGAAUACUCUAUUAAUUAAUUUAUUCAUUGGAUUAUUAAUAAUUAAAUCAUACUGUCAAGAUAUUAUAUUUCCAAGUGAUGAAGAAGUAACUCAUUUAAGUGGCAACAAAAUGCUCGAUACUGAUCGUAUACCAUUAUCAAAUCCAAUAGCAUGUCCAAAAAAUAUGCUACAAUAUCCAGGUGAUGGUGUUAAAAGUGUAUGGGUUUGUGAUUGUCGUCCAACAUAUUUAUAUUUUCCAUUGAAUGAUACAUGCCAUGAGGCAUUCAGACAAGGACCAUGCAAAGUUGGUGAAUAUGUUGUUCUUCCACCUGGUAAUGUUACACCAAAAUGUCAAAAAAAUCCAUGUCAUCAUGAUGGAAUGGUACCUUAUAAUGGUACUUGUCAUAAUUUAAGAAUGACUGGUGGACCAUGUGGUGAUAAUGUACUUGGUGUUAAUGAAACAACUUAUCAACUUGAAUGUAUUACAACUGAUAUUGCACCAUUCAUUAUAAUUGAUGCACCAUUAAUUGACUCAUGUCCACCAGGUAGUCGAAGAAUUACCGUUGGUGAUUGUAAACCAGUACUUUAAUUAUUAUUUUUUUAAUACUUUUAUAACACUUUUAAUAAAUAAUGUUUUUCUUUUUUUGAAUAAAUUAACUGUUAAUUUAUUUUAAUUGUAUGAUAAAUAUAUUAUUUUAAUUUUAGUCUUACAUUUCAUCAAAAUUAAUAUUUUUUUUAGUUGAAAAUUAUUUUUUUCUUUUAUUUAAUUAUUUAUAUAUAUUUACAAUAAUUAAUUGGAUUAUUUACGUUUUUUUUUUUUCUCAAUUAUAAUAAUAAAUUGCCGUUUUUUUCGUUCUUUUUUUUUUCUUUGAUAUGUACAUGAUUUUAUGAGUUUAUUUUAACCGAGUAUUGUGCUUGUUUUGUAAAAAAAAAAAAAAGGAAAUUAUUAUUUAAAAAUAUAUAUUUAUGAAUUUAUAUCCUGACUAUAACCAGCAUCAUCAACAAGUCUUUGUCGUUCUCUGUACAUUGAUACUUUCAUAUUUUCAAUUUGAUGAUAU